AUGUCUCAGGAAAACGAGUGGAAAAAAGAAGCACCAUGGGACGAGUUGGCCACUGCGAGACUGCAGAAGCUGGAACAACAGCGAAAGCUGUUAGAGAUGAAGCAGCGAAGGAAGCGUCGAGAGCCCCUGAUGGUUCAGGCCAAUCAUGAUGCUUUGGGGUUGCCCAAGGCACAGAGGUGGAGAAAGGAGCGCCCCCUGGGUGACACAGGUCUUGGGGGCCCUUCCCUUCAGGAGCAGGGAGCACCCCAGGCCAAUGUGCAUUCUCCAGCCCUCAGCAACAUGGCCACCGUGAACUGCAGCGGAGAUGGCCCUGGCAGACAGAUGAUCGCUGGGUCACCAACAGAAGAAUCCAGUGAAGAGGUUGAGAAAGAAUCCCACCCUGUCAGAGGUGAACGUGAGCAGCUCAGUCCAGAAUCCAACCCUGAUGUGGAUGACAACCAGGAACGUGAUGGAGACAAUGGUCCUAAUAAGGGCCCUCGGCCAACUCGCUACCCUACGCCUGGUCCUCAGCUGAUCAAGGACAUGGAAGCUUAUGUAAUGCAGCCGGUGUUUAGGGGCCAGACACUGAAAUGUCGCAUCUGCCGCGACAAUCACGGAGUAGACAAGGCCAUGUUUCCGAUCUACUACCUCUUCCUGGAGGACUCUGAUACCAGGCGGCAAUUCCUCAUGGCAGGGCGGAAGAGAAAAGGGAGCAGAACUUCUAAUUAUCUCAUCUCCUUGGAUCCCAUAGACCUGUCACGGAAUGGGGACAACUUUGUGGGCAAAGUCAGAGCUAAUGCCUUGGGUACCAAGUUCACCAUCUUCGACAAAGGGGUGAAUCCCCAAAGGAUUUUCUGCACAGCCUCAGAUCAAAUCAGGAGAGAGUUGGGGGCUGUCUGUUAUGAAACCAACGUGUUGGGGACCAGAGGACCACGAAAGAUGACAGUGAUCAUUCCAGCAAUCGACGAGCAGGGCCAGAGAGUCAGCUUACAGCCACAAAAUGUUGGUGACUCCCUCCUGAGCCUAUUCCAAAGAGGGGCCCGCCAGGAGCUGCUGCACAUGCGCAAUAAGUCCCCACUCUGGUCCAGCGAGAGCAGCGCCUACGAGCUCAAUUUCCACGGUCGUGUGACUCAAGCCUCGGUCAAGAACUUUCAGAUCCUGUAUCCGGAGAAGACUGAAGAACUGGUGCUCCAGUUCGGCCGAGUGGGUCCCAACUCGUUCACCAUGGACUUUGCCUUCCCGUUUUGUCCGCUGCAAGCCUUCGCCAUCUGCUUGUCCAAUUUUGAUAAGAAACUGGCUUGUGAGUAAUGCAAUAAAA